CAGUCCUAGCGUCGAGUGUUCUACGGGCAGCGACCCGCUGCACUGGGUGAUGUAUCGCGACGGUCACUGCAGCGUCAUCACCAAGGUCUACCCGAGUCAGCUGCAGGUUACCCUGGCGACGACGCUGGACAUUUCCAUCGAGCACUUCCCGCGGCUGGAGGGACAGUUCAUGUGCGUGUUCACCGCUCACGGAGUCUCCCUCAGCUCCCCCGCGAACAAAACGUCGACGGGUGUGACGUGCCGCACCCCUCCCACCACUCAGGUUGUCUCCAUCCCCGUCGGAAUGCAGUACUACAUAGCCAAGCUGUCGGUGCAAGUGUCGGGCAGCCCUAACUUUGUUACAACAGACUUCAUCUUCUACAACUGCGUCCGUUUCUCAUCCUGCACGGCCUGUACGAACAGCUCGUUUGCGUGUGACUGGUGCAGAACGAAUCACCGCUGCACGCACGACACGGGCACCUACUGCCGCGAUGACCACAUCAUCACCGGCCUCAACACACCGGGUCCUAGCAUACGCCCUGGUCCUGACCACUGCCCACGCAUCAACAGCACCCGCCCUGAGUUCCUCAUCCCGUCAGGAACGGAAUACCAGAUUGCAGUACAUGCCAGCAACGUCGAGGAGAUUGAUCCGAGUCCCUUCCAGUGUGAGUUUAACCUGGAUGGUAGGAUAUCUGAUGUAGAGGCUGUGUAUGAGGAUGGCUUCAUCAAGUGUAACUACCACCUGUUUAAAUACGACAGUCCAGCGAAGAGCAUAGAAGCACAGUUUGCCAUCUUGUGGGGAGGAACCCGGGCACUGGACAACCCCAACAACAUACUCAUCACGGUGUACCGCUGUGAGGAGAUGGCUAAGCAGUGCGGAUUCUGCCUUACCCUCGACCAGCGCUACCGCUGCGGUUGGUGCGGAGGAGCCUGCACCAUCGCCGAGAUGUGCGGCACCGGGGAGUGGCUCAGCAACGGUGCCAUCUGUCCGAACCCAACCAUCGAGAAGUUUUCGCCGCGUAUGGGUCCGUACGAAGGCGGCACGAACAUCACGAUCAGCGGCUAUAACCUCGGACUCAACUACGACGACAUCAAGAGCGGCGUCACUGUCGCCGGACAGAUCUGCAUGCCCUACGAGGAGCUCUACGUCAGAACCAAGCAGAUUGUGUGCAAAGCUGGAGAGAGCUCCAAGGGCAAUAAAGGUUAUCUGCAGGUGAUGGUGCGCGGGGACAGCAGAUACAUCGGCGUGUCCGACAUGGAAUUUGCAUACGUGGAUCCAAAGAUUAACAAAACGUGGCCAAAAGUUGGACCGAAGAGCGGAGGAACAAAGAUCACGAUAACGGGCCGGCACAUGGAUGCAGGGUCACAUAUCACAGCCUUUAUCGUGUGGGAUGAGCCUACUGGACAGACACGAUCACCCUGUGAAGUGAUUAGGACUAGUCAUAAGGAGGUGGACUGCCUGACAUCAGCCAGCAGCAAGGCCACCCCUGGCCGCAUCGUCAUGCGGUUUGACAGCGCCGAGAGACAUUCCACGGAGACGUUCACUUAUCACGACGAUCCCGUCAUCCUCGACGUGCUGCCCUCUGGUGGCAUUCCUAGCGGUGGUAAUGAUAUCUAUGUCAUUGGUCUCAAUCUGAACGUGGUCCAAGACCCACAGAUGUUUGUGAGUUUGGAUGGAAAGGAAUUCAUUGGGCGAUGUGACGGACUGAACUCUUCCCUGAUGGUGUGUAAAUCCCCAAUCAUCAUGUCGACGUCUGUGCCGGGGCCGAACGAUCCACCAAGCCUGCUUGAUUAUGGUUUCAACAUGGAUAACGUCACGAGACUGCGUAACAUACCUAGCCUUCCCAACUUCAGCAAGUUCACUCUCUAUCCUGACCCCGUCGUUUACAACUUCACCGAGAAGAACCAAGUGAAGCGAUACAAGAGCGACUACCUAGCGAUCAGCAUACGUAACCUGUGUGAGGUCUGCAGCAUGCAAGAGUUCUUUGAGGUUCGCAUCGGCUCCGAAUUCUGCAACGUGACGUCCGUCGCUCCCAACCUCCUCAACUGCCAGCCGCCGGGAGCUCAGCCCACGAGCCGCGCGGAUGGAGCCGACCCCAAGUCACUCCCAGAGGUCACGGUCGUCAUCGGCAACAGCCGGGAGUUCCUGAUUGGCUACCUCCAGUACGAGACGGAGAGCGGACGUCUGCCGCUGUGGGGCAUCAUCGCGAUCGCGGUCGCCGCAGGCAUCCUCUUGUUUAUCGUCUUCGUGAUCCUGAUCGCGUACCGCCACCAGAGCAGCAAGAGUGAGCGCGUUCUGAAGAACAUGCAGGAACAGAUGGACGUUCUAGAACUGAGGGUAGCAGCCGAGUGCAAGGAGGCUUUUGCAGAGCUUCAGACGGACAUGACAUUCCUGACGGGAGACAUAUCCGGCUACGGAAUUCCCUUCAUGGACUACAAGUACUACUCACUAAAAGUGCUCUUCCCAAACCAGGAUGAUCAUCCAGUGCUGAGAGAACUAGAUGUUGAUCCGAGGAAGAGGAAGAGCGUUGAGAAGGCUCUACGACAGUUCGGACAUCUCAUCAUGAACAAAACCUUCUUGCUGUUGUUCAUCGGUACGCUAGAAUCGAACAAGUAUUUCAGCAUGAAGGACAGAGUCAACGUUGCCUCUCUCAUCAUGGUUGCACUGCAGAGCAAGAUGGAGUACUGCACCGACAUUCUGAAGACUCUGCUAGCUGACCUGAUAGAGAAAUCUAUUGUAGGCAACAGCCACCCUAAACUACUACUACGCAGGACAGAGUCGGUGGCAGAGAAGAUGCUCACGGCUUGGUUCACAUUCCUACUCUAUAGAUUCCUUAGGGAGUGCGCAGGAGAGCCACUGUUCCUCCUCUACAUGGCCAUCCAACAGCAGAUAGAGAAGGGUCCGGUGGACGCUGUCACGAACGAAGCCAAGUACUCUCUCAGCGAGGAGAAGCUGAUUCGCCAACAAAUAGAUUACAGACAGAUGACCGUGUACGUGUCUGGGUUGGAUCCAAGCAACGAAAACCAGGAAACGCCAGUGAAAGUUUUAAACUGUGAUACGAUAUCAGAAGUAAAGGAGAAGGCGUUGAAUGCCAUCUACAAGAGCACUCCCUAUUCCCUGCGACCCACAAAGAACGACCUUGACCUAGAGUGGCGGACGGGCGUGUCUGGGAGACUAGUCUUACAGGAUGAUGACAUUUCCACCAAACCAGAAGGCGAGUGGAAAAGACUCAACACUCUUGCUCACUACAAGGUGCCUGACGGAGCGUCUCUAGCGCUGGUGCCAAAACAGUCCUCUAUCUUCAACUUGUCGAUGAGUCUGUUGUCAGACCGGUCCGAUCACUCCCACCGACAUGGAGCAUACCUGGCAGAGAAUUCGUCUGUGCACACAGCAAGUCAGCCAUUGAGUCGUGCCAUGUCCCCCAUGGACCACCAUCACACCUUGGAGUCUGGGAUCAAGUACUGGCAUCUCAUAAAGCCGAUGGAUUCGAACAAUGAGCGUGAGGGAGAGCGCUCCAGCAAGCUAGUAUCAGAGAUCUACCUAACCAGGCUACUCGCUACCAAGGGAACGCUCCAGAAGUUUGUCGACGACUUGUUUGAGACGAUAUUCAGCACGCACCAGCGCGGCAACGCUCUGCCGCUCGCCAUCAAGUACAUGUUUGACUUCCUGGACGACCAGGCCUUGUUGCACGGCAUCACGGACCCGGAGGUUGUCCACACCUGGAAGAGCAACAGCCUGCCGCUGCGCUUCUGGGUAAACCUCAUCAAGAACCCCAACUUUGUGUUCGACAUCCACAAGUCGACGAUCCAGGACGCAUGUCUGUCGGUUAUCGCUCAGACCUUCAUGGACGCUUGCUCAACGUCUGAGCACAGACUGGGCAAGGACUCGCCUGCCAGCAAGCUGCUCUACGCCAAGGACAUACCCACCUACAAGGAGUGGGUUGAGAAGUACUACCAAGACAUCAAACUAAUGGCAGCUAUAUCUGAUCAGGACAUGAAUGCAAUGUUGGCUGAGGAAUCACGGACUCACGUCGAGGAGUUCAACGUGAACGUGUCACUAUUCGAGCUGUAUGGCUAUGCCUGUAAAUAUAAUGACCAGCUUAUGCAAACGCUACAAGACGAUGAAUUCUCCAGGAAGAAUAGACUUGCCUACAAGCUAGAGCAAGUGCAUAAUGCUAUUGCUGAGACUGAUGCAUGACACCCUGCCACAGUAACGGAAAACGCCCCGUAGGUCUAUUACAUUAACAAUUGCUACAGCGGGACACCUUCAUACAAGAACUUCUGUGGUACUUGCGAACCACUAGAUGGCGCUAACUGCUCAUGAUGCUGAGAGGUUGGCUGCACCAAGGGGCUGCACUAGUGGAAGUACUAGAUAUUUUGUACAGGCUCCAUACGGGAAUAGACGCCCACUAUUAAAUUCUAAGUAGAGAUGUACGGCAAUAACAUUAACUGUACAUGUAUACCCUAUUUUGCUUGAGCAAAUAUGCAAAGCUGAUUCGUCAUAAUCAUUAUAAACAAAAUAAUCUAGUGACCAUGUGAUUGUAUAUGCAUGUUUAAAAUAGCUGGACACUAAAAUCAUUUAUUAUUUGCAGAAUAGCCCAAUAAUAAUUUCUUACACUUCUCAUCAUGAAACUGUUCUAAGGUGCUUGUGACUAAGAUGCCUGCUUCCAUACUUUUGUAAUGCUCUCUCCACGUGAGAAGGGCAGUGGUUAAGCUAUAAGUGUAAAUAGUGAAUUGGCAUUUUUGUGCCUGUGUGUCUCCUGUGUUUUUCCUGUACCUGGAAAGUCGUAAUGCUGUAGAAACUACCGUAUAUGUUUUAUACUAUGGCGUAUGUACAGAACCAAUGUUUGUGGGUAAUGGAAAAGUCAAUGUAGACAUAGUUCAUUCUAGGUUUUAAAGUGUUUUCCCCAUGUUUUGAAUUUCCUAGAAAAUUAAAUGUACAGAAUAAUUUUACACGAAAAGUUCAGAAUUUUAUUGGCUAUGAAAGUCUAUUAAACUGGAAGAACAGAACCGGCCCAUGGUACACUGUCGAAAUAGUUGCGGAAAAAGCUCUCUUUUAAAACUACUGCAAGUGAUGAUUAUUCAGUAUUUAAUAAUAAAUUAUAUUAAGUAAAGACAGGCAUUACGUCUCGGAAGUGUUGUUACCGUGUGUUGUAAUAUAAUUUUCUCUGCCGUCUCGUUUUUAUAAUCUUUGCAUGUACGUAACUUUUUGUGCUGUCAAAUAACUAGUGUUUACUGGAGUCGUGUAAAUUUUAAUGGUACCGAGCUUAGCUAGCCGUUUGUACAAAUUUUUUGAACAAAAUAAAUAUGUAAAUGCUGUCACAUUUAAAGGA